AUGAAUGAUCUUGACACAUUGAAAAGUGCUGAACGUUGGAUCAAUGAAGCAUUACAAACAACAAUAACAGAUAAUCCUCUCGUAUUUUUAGUUGGCUCAAAACGUGACUUAAUAACAGAUAAUAAAAUUCAUACAAAAAUUGAACAAACAGCUCGUAUAAUUGCUAAACGUGUUAAUGCAGAAUUUUGGUCUGUGUCAUCAUUGACAGGUUAUCAAGUUGAAGAAUUUUUUAAACGUAUUGCUUGUGUAGCAUAUCAAAUGUUAAUUAAACAACAAUUAACUUCACCAAAUACAUCUAUUGAAAAAAUAACUACAAAAACUCAAUUAGCUGUUAAUCUUAAUUUAACAAAUAAUCAUAGUUCCAAACAAAAAUCAAAUGAUAAUUGUUGUAAUACUGUCUAA